AAUAGCACAACAACCCGCUAGGACAAAACCCUAGGGGUCUGUUGCAGGACAUGCACAAUGACAGUCCCAUGGAGUUUCUGCUCGUCUUUUCAUUUUCUGCCUCUCCUCCUGGCUCUGAAGCUGCCUGCUGCACACUCAGCUCCUGAUUUCUCUGCUUAUCUUCACACCAUUCUGAAGAACCACACGGCUCACGCCUGUGAAGGAGAGACGCUCGUCAUCCAGUGUCCCUCCAGGACGUCUGUGGCCGUCCUAUCAGCCUUCUAUGGACGCCGUGUUCCUAAUCAGCAUUUAUGCCCAUCUGCGAACACAAACGCAACCACUGAGGAGGACACAGAGUGCACUUCUCCAGUUGCUAUCGAGAAAGUGCUGUCAGAGUGUCAGGACCGGCGGUCAUGUCACAUCCCAGUCUACAGUCCAGUGUUUGGGCAGGACCCCUGUCCACUCACCACCAAGUACCUGCUGGUGUCCUACAAGUGCCGACCAGAGCAUCACCGCACAAGGCUGGUGUGUGAAAAUGAGCGUAUGAGGCUGAUGUGUAAAAACGAGACUGUGCUCGCCAUCUACUCCGCCACGUUUGGACACCUGCUGCACGGCAGUCCAUACUGUCCUCAGGAACCCGGAUCACGCGCCGACAUGGAGUGUUUGUCACCUUCGGCUCUGAGGAAGGUGUCACGCAGGUGUCACGGCAGGACAAACUGUUCAGUAUUGGCCGACACAAUAACCUUUGGGGACCCCUGCUUCCCUGACACCAGGAAGCACCUGCGAGUGUCCUUCACUUGUGUGCCCCGGUAUCUUCUGGAAGAUGUAGGUCGAGGGUCAACAGAUCCUUUCAUGAUCUCAGACUACACACACGGUGGAUGGUACACUGGCCCCACCUACAGGCCUCAAAACGUGCUCUUAACCAACUCUCUGGAGAUCUUUGAAAAAAUACUGGGCCUCCCGGAGCGAGUGGCUCUGUACUUUGUCUCUGGUAUUUGUGCUGGUCUGGUGUUCCUGCUCUGCCUGUUCGGCCUUCGCUCCACACUAGUGAGAGACGUUAAAGAUCUGGUUUCAGACCUGAACGAUGAGCUGAAAUCAUCUCGCAGGCGGCGCAAGGAGCUCAUGGAGGACCUCUUUGACGAGGACGUCUCAGACACGUCGUCCUUCCGUCGCCUCACACAGUCCUACCGCACAGCAGACAUCUUCAGUCCUUCGACUUUAACGGUCGAGAUGGCUGACCGAGAGGUGGAACAGACGAGGGAUCUGCCUAACGGAGACAUUUGGCCGUCCCGGGACUCCAGCCCUUACGCCAUUCACAAGAUUAAAACCUACAACAAUUAAGAAGAGUCAUAUUUAUUAGAGAAGCUACUGCUAAACCAUCCUUAUGUAUUAUAAAAUAUAAGUUACUGACUAAACUUUUAUGGAUGUUUCUUUUAUUUUAAAUGUAUUUGCAACUCCUAAACUGUGUCGCUCAUGGUAAAGUGAGUUUAGUGAAAUGCUUGAGUUUAACAUCUGACAAUUUGUGAUUUUAUUACAUUUUAAAUGUGACUAUAGUUUUUUGAAAUAACAGUACAUGAAGCCAAUGAUUCAGCUUUAGUUAAGUUAGCAGUUUUUCUACUUGAAUUUUGUUGGACUGAAUAAAAACUGUUGAGACAAGCACAUUUUGAAUUUGAGGGUGAAGGCUUUUCUGUUUGCCUCACUGAAACAAAUCCAAGGCCUUUGAAUAUUUAAACUGCACUGCAACUUUAACUUCAUGUUUUAUCCUACUUUUUUAUUCUCUAUUAAACUUUUUGUAGUUGUUGUUAUCAUCUCUUUUUUAAAGAAUAAAGAUUUAUGUGUCUUUUACACCCUGACUAGAUGCUUUUUGUUUAUUUAUUUUAUUGUAUUUUUAUGUUUCGUGCAAAUCACUUUGACUUUGAAUUGCCUUUGUUGUACAAAUCUGCUACACCAAUAAACUUGCAAUGUAAGUUAUUCUUAGUAAUAAAGAUUGCGUUUGCUGGGUGA